ACGUUUCUUUCAGUUCACAUUCAACUGUCCGAAGGAAUAAUCAUCGGGAAGAAGCUAGAGAAAUCGUGAAUUGUUUAUCGAGGGGAUUAAAGGACCGAUCUAACAAUGAAGAGGAUUUCUACAACUUUGAUCGUCGCGACGGUCCUGUUAUCGAUGGUCCUUGCAAUUGAUUUACCGAGCACCUUCAAGAUAUGCAGUAGAACGCUACCAGACAAGGAGUACUACGAAUGCAUCAGUAAUUCGGCGAAAAAUGCCAUUGUUUCAUUGGCUGGAGGUUUGAAAAGUUUCAAGAUCCUUCCGAUAGAACCUCUGGCUGUCGACAGCGUGAAAAUUGGUGAAUCUCAAGGAUCAGUCACGCUUAAGCAAGAAUACAGAAACAUCAAACUGUAUGGCCUCACGAAGCAGCUUCAAAUUCAGAACUACCACAUCGACUGGGACAAGUGUCUACUGUCGUCGGAUUCUUUAAAUCCUCAGGUGGACUUCGUAGCUGAUUACAAAGUCGAUGGUAGAAUAUUACUGUUGCCCAUCAGAGGUUCUGGCAAAUCUAACAUCACCAUGUACGAUCUAAAGACUCACAAUAGCAUAUACUGUGAAAAAUACCAAAAGAACGGAGAGACUUAUUUGAGGGUGAAGAAAUUCGGGGUGAAAUUCUCCCCUGCUCGCGUGACAUUACGAUUCGAAAAUCUUUUCGACGGUGACAGUGUCUUGGGUGAGCAAAUGAAUCGUUUCAUCAACGAGAACUCUGACUUGCUCUUCAAGGAACUCCAGGCGCCUUACGAAGAAACUUUCGGUUUAGUUUUCGCGAAAAUUACAAACGAAAUAUACAGUCGUGUACCAUUUAAUAAACUCUUCCCCCCAUCGUAAAUUUAAUACUCAUCAUUUUGUACAUGCGUAAAACACAUUGAGACUUAUUAAUGUAUUUUGUAAAAUAAAUCUGGAUAAAAUAUU